AACACAAGUCUACAAGCAGCGGAGUAUAUAAAGCAUAAAAAAACAUUUCUCCUGCGUCUCCUCAUCCGUCCUUCACACAGGAAGAGAACAAGAAGCUCCACACAAUGGCUCCCAAAAAGGCAAAGAAGAAGGAAGCUGCGAGCUCCAACGUGUUCAGCAUGUUCGAGCAGUCUCAGAUCCAGGAGUUUAAGGAGGCUUUCACCAUCAUGGACCAGAACAGAGACGGAUUCAUCGACAAGAACGACCUGAGAGACACAUUUGCUGCCCUGGGACGUCUGAACGUGGGUAAUGAUGAGCUGGAUGAGAUGCUGAAGGAGGCUCCAGGUCCCAUAAAUUUCACCAUCUUCCUGAGCAUGUUUGGAGAAAAACUCAAGGGAACAGACCCUGAGGAGAACAUUCUCGCUGCCUUUAAGAUCUUUGAUCCUGAGGGAACGGGCAUCAUUAAAGGAGAAGAGAUUAAGUACCAUCUCAUGUCCCAGGCAGAUAAAUUCACAGAUGCAGAGGUAAAUCAGAUGUUCACAAACUUCCCCCUGGAUGUUGCCGGAAACCUGGACUACAAAAACCUGUGUUACGUCAUCACUCAUGGAGAGGACAAGGAGCAGGAGUGACGUCCCCACGUCUGUGUUUGUAUCUGUUCGUACGUGUUUGUGUCCCUCCCCUUUGUCAAUAAACAGCUCAAAAUACA